UUCAGCACAUAUGUUUAAUUCUUUUAUUAAAGAAUGUCUGCAGGAUUUUGACCUAGUGAUGUGGUUCUUUUCUUUCAGAAUCCUUGUUGCCGACAUGCCGUCCGACCCAGAGGAGCUGACGGGGAAGAAGAAGAAGAAGCAUGUACGAUUUGCCCGGCUGCAUGAUGACGAUGUGCAUGAUGAUUAUGCAGAGCAGGAGGAAGAAGACACUCUGUUUGAAAAACGAAAGGAUGUUAAAGGUGGCCUGAAAAGUGCCCUGAAGGGGGGUAAAAGGCUCUCCCGUCCAGCUGAGGUGGACAUAAAACAAGGUGGAUCUGAUGGUGGUGUUUGUCGUCGCUGGAUGAUCACCCUCACCCUCUGCUCUUCAUUUUUGGGACUGGGGAUGUGUAUCUCUGUGCUCGGCCCCACGUUGGAAGACUUGGCUACUAAUGUCAAUCAGAACAUCAGUAACAUCUCGUAUAUCUUCGCUGGACGUGCGAGCGGUUACAUAGGAGGAUCACUUCUGGGAGGAAUUCUCUUCGACCUUAUUAACCCUCAUCUACUGCUGGGAUUUUCCAUGCUGAUGACGGCGUUUGGCAUGUUUGCCACCCCAUUUUGUAAGAAGGCCCUUAUCCUGACUGCUCUGGUCUCCAGUGUGGGUAUAUCUAUGGGGAUCCUGGACACAGGUGGAAAUGUGUUAAUUUUGAACACGUGGGGUGAACACGCCGGUCCUCACAUGCAGGCCCUUCACUUCAGCUUCGCCGCCGGAGCGUUCAUCUCACCCAUCAUCUCUAAACUGCUGUUCGGGCACCACGCUGCCAUCACUAAUCAGAGCUCUAACUCCACUUCUGAUGCCCUAUUUUUCUUCCAUGGCAAAACCUCCCCCAUCACCCUGCCGUCCAUGUGGGCGUACAUGAUCAUUGGUGUCUUCAUCCUGCUCAUUUCUUUCAUCUUUUUUGUCCUGUACUCGCAAAGUUCCUCAUCCUCCAACCAGUCAUCAGCAUCAACACCAGAGAAACCUGCGUUCUGCUCUAAACACCACAGAGCCUUAAUCUCAUUUCUGGCGCUCUUCUUUUUCUUCUACGUGGGCGCUGAGGUGGCGUACGGCUCGUUUAUUUUUAACUACGCCAAGGAUUACGCCAAGUUGGAUGAGCCACACUCGGCCGGGUUAAACUCUGUCUUCUGGGGCUCCUUUGCUGCCUUUCGGGGUCUAGCCAUCUUUUUCGCUACCUGUGUCUACCCAGGCACCAUAAUCUCUGUCAGCUUAGUAUGUUCUCUUGUUUCGUCGCUGUUAUUAGUGCUGUUCAACAGUCACCAGUUGGCGCUGUGGAGCUGCACCGCUCUUUAUGGGGCCUCCAUGUCCGCUAUUUUCCCCAGCGGGAUCUCGUGGGUGGAGCAAUACACCACGGUAAGCAGCAGAUCAGCCGCAGCAUUCGUGGUGGGUGCAGCACUUGGAGAAAUGGUGCUCCCGGCUACUUUGGGUUUCCUGUUGGGGCGGAUCCCAAAUCAACCACUCCUCAUGCACAUGUCUCUCGGAACCGCCAUCAUUAACUGCAUCUUGUUUCCUGUGAUGUAUAAACUUGGCUCGUCAUCGGUGGCCCGAAAACAGCGAAGCAGAACACGCGUCGGAACCACCGACAGCGAGGACCGGCAAGCGCUGCUGGAUUCUGUUGUUAAUGACAAUAUCGAGGAGGCAGAGCUGGAGGACGAUUCUGAAAUUGAACAGUGGAACGAUGCGGACUUCGAAGUGAUUGAGAUGGAGGACGCCAGUCUAGCUAACUCACCCGAUAAAGGUCUCUCAUCACCGUCUCACAAAUCGCCUUCGUUUGUCAAGCCCUCAUUUGUUUCCACCGAUCCAGCGACCGACACUUUAAACUCUACCCACAGCUCGAGUGAAUCUCCUAAACGCAAACUGCUACUGGACUGAGACAAGAGUGAAUAAAAACAAAGUUUAACUACAACAAUAUGAACCACAGAAUGAUUGAAACAUGGCUUUCAUCUAAUAGCUCUUUAUAGCAUCUUUAGGCUGGAUGAGCCAGAACUGAUACAUGCAGUAGAAGUGCAAAUCAGCGGGUACUGCAAUAAAAAUCACUUGUUUUGUUUCGAUUUUUAUUCUUUAUGCUUUAUUCUUUUAAGCUUUCAGUUUUUAUGACAUGUCUAGAAUAAGAGGAAUAGAAAAAAUGAACUUUAUAAAAGACAAUGCUGCUGCAGGUCUCAAAUUCUUUUGAUUUGCUUAAUCUGUAUCUCAGACUACAUCAUGAUUAAAAACAGUUAUUAGACACUACAAACCAAAACUUCCAUAAAGUUAGGAUAUUAUGUGAAAUACUAAUAAAAAGAGUGUAGCUGCCAGUCUUCUUGGAUACGUGUCUAUUAACUAUGCUUAUCUGGAUUUGUGCAGUUUAUCCCAUUUAUCAUGGCAGAUCAAGCGGCUGUUUGUGGGGGUCUAAAAUUAUUGAAGCCAUUGUGGUCCUCGGCCACACAAAUCUUUAUGUAUUGUUUUAUAUCCUUGUACUCCUUGUAAUCCUUUGCCAUGCCAAAAUUUGAUUGUUGAGAUCCACAGACAGUGGAUCUAUUUGGCCCUGGACUUGGUUGUUUUUUGUUCUGACAGUAGACCCAGGUGUCCAUUUGAGUUCUAGACAUGUAUCAAGGAUUAUUAAAGCAAUCUGGAUGCUCCUGACCAUAAUUUGGAGCGCCACAGCAAAGGGUCUGAAUACUUUUGUGUAUCCACAGUAAAUUCUGCUGAACAGUAGUGUUUAGGCUGCGUGAAGUAAGCCUAACAACAUAGUGUAAACAGCAUAGUGUGUUUACAUGCACAGAAUAAUGAUUUGAAAAUCUGAUUUUGACAACAGAGCUCCACUCUUUACUGCUUUGCCACCGGAGCAUCCAACACCAGGGUUUUGUAAAUGUGUUGGAGCACAGCCGUUUAGCUGAGUUAUUUUACACAGUUGAUUCUAAUUGGCAGAAACACUCGCUAUAGCCUUGAAUCGUUUCUGAUUCAGUACAAUUUUACCCACAGCUAUAAACUAUUUAAUAAAUAUGUAGCAACGAUUUACUAUCAGUCAGCUGUAAAUGUCUUUUAUGGCUGUACUUAUUACAGAUGACAUAUAAAACGAUGUAUCUGAUCUGAUUUAAUCUCAAAUUCCCCUAUUACACCAUGGCCAUAGUGGUCUCUUCCUGAUUACACCCACUCCACAAAGCCGCACUUCUACAGGUUUCUGUUUAACAAUUUAAACUGAAUUUUUUCCUGUCCUUUUGUCUUUAUUUUACGGUUCUGAUUGUUUUUAGAAAUGCUGAGAGCACUUGUGAAAUUUUAUUGUGAUAUUUAAUUUAUUUAAAACAAUUAAAAUGUUACAUUCUGUACCUGAGCUGAUGUAAAUCUGCACAUGUUCAGUAUGUUCUUUUUAUUAUUAAAUGUGUUUUUUGAUUGAUAUCUCAAAUCACCAAAAUAAAAUCCUAAUUUGAAGGUUUUAGACAGAAGAAAGACUGUGUUAUAAAUGUAAUAAUAAUAAUUUGUAAUAAACAGAACAGAAUGGGCCAAUCAGAUGCUUGUUGCCAUGCAGCUCUUGUCGGAUGCUGUGAUACUGUUGGUCGAUGUGAAGAACACACAGGCUGGUGCAAUAGACCUGACGAUUUCAAUGAUCUAUUUACAAAAAAAAACAGGAUUUUAUUGUUUAUUAAUCGUAUGUUUAGUUCUGUACGUGUCCUGAGAUGAUGUUUAGAACGAUGUUAUUGUUAAAUUGUCUUUUAUUUUGACUACUUUUGCACUUAUGACUGGAAUCAUCACAUGCCAAAUAAAGUGUCCCAAUAUUAAUGUUUAAUGUUACUGAUGGUUGUGUCCCAAUGUUUCAAAUAAAUGAUUUAUUUUCUUCUGAAAUGUCACGAUUUAUUCAAAUACACUUUUGUUUGUUACCAAAACACCUGACCAUCAGCGUACUCCACAUCCUUCUCCAAAAGCUGAAAGAUGACUGUCAUAGAUUUUAAAACAUAAAAAAUGAAA